AUGUGUGCAAGAAUACGGAAGUUCGAAGAAGGGACUAACCGAUUUUAUAAACUCAAACUGAUGUAGCAUGUAACUGAAAAUGGCCACAGGUCAACAACGGGAAUCAGAGUUGGAAUCAAAAGAUGCUACAAAAUGGAUAAAAGGUUCCCUAAAUCACCUAAAACGAUGUUUGAAGGAAGGAAGAUCUGCAUCAGAUUUGAUCAAGUGGCCAGAAAUACCAAAUGUCCAUAGCAAGAGGGAUCUGUUUAUAAAAACAAUAGAAUCUAUAUCUGAACAAUGGGAUGUUUACUGGGAAAGGUGUACUAAGCUGCGACGGACUGAUGUCCAAAAAGCUAUAAUUCAAAUUGAAAAACUCACGUCCAAGAGUCCCUCAGAAAAUUUGAAAAGAGUUGAGUAUCACACAGGGAUGUUGAAAGAUCCCGUUUUCGUUAAACUUCAAAAUAUUUGGGAAAAAAUGUCAAACGAUGUACCGUUUAUGGACGUAAAAACUGAAGAAUUUACGAAGAAACCAGAAAUUUGCUGUCUUAACGAGUGGUUCCUUGCAUAUCUUCAAUACUUGGAAACUGUCCUUAAUCUUGAAAGCAACACAUAUUUCGUGGAAGACCUAACACCACAGCCACCUCAGCAAACUGAUGAAAAGAUCAUUCAGAGUCAUAGGGAAAUUGUGGUAUCCUGGCAGGAAUUAUGGUCAAGCAAGUUGACCACUGAAGAUAAAGAAACAAUCAAAUACAUUGAGGCCAUUCAUCAAAUUAGUGGAAUCCAAUUAGAGAAGCAUCGAAAUAAGAAAAAGCUGAAUACCAUAGCUAAAUACUUUAUAUGUCAAAAAACAGAGAAGAUGGAUAAGAGAUGUGGAAGUAUUCGUACUGACUUACCAGUAGAUUUACAUAUGGCGUUUAAAUUGAGGAUCUAUGAGAAGAUACUAGAUGUUUUGAAUGACUUAGUUAACAUCGACACUAUUGAACCUCCUCCCGUACCAAACGGAUGUGAUGAAAACCUGAAGAAACAGUUAUAUGCGGAAUUCCAAACAACGAUGGUCGCACUGAAAAAGAAAGUCAACAAAUCUACAGAAAAUCACAAAGAAAAUGGAAAAUGUGAAAGCGAACUUGAAAUUUCAGACCUGAGGUAA